CUUGAUCGGUGACUGCUGUCUGGUUGCGCAUCUGGCGCCGUAGCGCGGUUGAAGCAGCCGCCCGAGCAUAUCCUGCUCCUGACUACGGCCGCUCCGAUGGAUCACACCGAGCACUUCUACGGCCGCUCGGCCGCCGGCAUGCCGUCGGUCGCCUCCACCGCCGCCCCGACCCCGCAGCGGCCCGGCACGCCGAGCGAGUCGGUCGGCCGUAACCCCUUCGGCGACGGCGUCGAGUCGCAGGCGUCGCACCGCUCGUCCGGGAACCCGGCCAACCCGUUCGCCAGCCCCGACGCUUCGCGGCCCGCUAGCAGCCUCGACUCGGCCUCGGCGCUGGGCCGCUACGACGGAGGGCAGCGCUACUUCCACUCGCGCCGCGUGCGCAAGGGCGAGAUCGAAAAGCCGUGGACCAAGCAGGCCGACCCCAAGGAGAAGUGGGUCACCAUCCUGCCCUUGCUGGGCAUCUUCAUCGGCCUCGCCAUCUCGGGCGUGCUGGUCUGGGACGGCAUCCGCAGCGUCGUCAAGCACAAGUACUGCCUCGUGCUGGAGGAGGACUGGUCCAAUGGCUUCAACGAAAAGAUCUGGCAGAAGGAGGUGCAGGUAGGCGGGUUUGGCAACGGCGAGUUCGAGCAGACCACCGGCGGUGACCAGAACGUCUACAUCGAGAACGGCAACCUCAUCAUCAAGGCGACGCCGCAGGACGACGCCCUGAUGCAGCAGGACUACACGAUCAACCUGCUCAAGGACGGCACGUGCACGUCAAAGCUGCCGGCCGACUGCAUCGCUGUGACCAACAUCACGACGGGCAACUCGUCCAUCGUGCCGCCGGUGCUGUCGGGCCGCAUCAACACUCGGCCCGGGGCGACGAUCAAGUACGGGCGGGUCGAGGUGACGGCCAAGCUGCCGGCCGGCGACUGGCUGUGGCCGGCCAUCUGGAUGAUGCCGCGCGACUCGGUCUACGGGCCGUGGCCGCAGUCGGGCGAGAUCGACCUGAUGGAGAGCCGAGGCAACAACUACACGUACCCGCAGGGCGGCAACAACAUCAUGUCGUCGGCGCUGCACUGGGGGCCCAACCCGGCCAACGACGGCUGGUGGCGCACCAACGUCAAGCGGCAGGCGCUGCACACGACCUACUCGGCCGGCUUCAACACGUUCGGGCUCGAGUGGUCGCAGAAGUACCUCUUCACCUACGUCAACUCGCGCCUGCUGCAGGUGCUCUACGUCAACUUCGACACGCCCAUGUGGUCGCGCGGCAACUUCCCGACGCAGGACGCCAACGGCACGCGCAUCGUCGACAUCUGGAGCAGCACCGGCCGCGACCAGACCCCCUUCGACCAGCCCUUCUACCUGAUCCUCAACCUCGCCGUCGGCGGCACCAACGGCUGGUUCGAGGACAACGUCAACGGCAAGCCCUGGCUCGACGCCUCGCCCAACGCCAAGAAGGACUUCUGGCAGGCCAAGGACAAGUGGUUCCCCACCUGGACCCAGCCCCAGAUGGAGGUCAGCAAGGUCAUGAUGUGGCAGCAGUGCGACGGCGACGAGGAUCUGUAGCGGCUGGACUGAGAGGAUACAUCUUAUUUCGUAUUUUGUUCUUGGGACUUGGACAUGGUUUUUGUCUCUCUAUCGGUCUGUCUGUCUGCGGUGGUGUUGGAGUUAUAGAUCUGGGGUUCCUUUGGGUAAUGUCUACUAUUUCCG